AUGCGGUUACUUAACUUCGGUGAAGCUGUGUCUCUUGGUCCACGGCAACCUGAGAAGUUGCUUAGGAUUCUUGAAAUGUAUGAGUUAGUAUAUGAGCUUUUACCAGAGAUCGAUGCACUCUUCUUGGAUCAACUUGGUUCAACGGUUAGAACUGAGUACAGAGAAGUGAUGAGGAGGCUUGGAGACUGUGCAAGAGCAACGUUUCUUGAAUUCAAGAGACAUGAACAUACGCAUGCAUCCAAAAACAUUUUCCAUUGGAGUGUAGUUUGCUUCAAGAAAUAUAGUUUUUGA